AUGGAUACAAUAAGCAAGUGGAACAUAAUCUUUGUGACUGUAGAGUUCACGGUAUGCUUGUUAGGAAUCACGUUUAACACAUUAGUAAUUUAUACAAUUUCCAAGAACAUCUACCGUUUAUCUCCUCCGACGUAUCUCAUUCUUAGUAUCGCAGUGAGUGAUUUUCUUUCAUGCUCCAUCGCUCUUCCACUGUCGAUAGCCAAGCACCUUCAGAAGGAAUGGCCAUUUGGUGUGCGUGGAUGUCGCGCUCAUGCUUUUUUGAUAUCUUUUCUGGCACUGGUCUCCAUCGCCCAUUUGGCCGCCAUUUCCGCGGGAAAAUACCUGACUAUCACCAGAUCUCUUUCAAGAAACUCUUACUUCAACAAAAAAAAGGUGAUGCUUAUAAUCUUGUUUUCCUGGAUGUAUUCACUUGGCUUCAGCUUGGGGCCUUUGGUUGGAUGGUCAAGAUAUGGUCCGGAAGGUACAAAUGCCACAUGCUCAGUACAAUGGCGAUCGUAUUUACCAGCAGAUCAGGCAUAUUUUGGAACUGUAACCGUUGCUCGUUAUUUUUUACCACUGACUGUGAUAACGUUUUGCUAUUACAAGAUCCACAAAGUUUCUAGGCAUAUCGUUGUCAACACUUCGCGGAUGGGUUGCCUAGCAGUAACUGCGACUCAUGCUCUCUUAAAACGGCACCGUAAAUCUGCCAUGUACUUUUUAACUAUCAUAGCCGCAUUUCUAAUCCCGUGGUCGCCUUACGUAGUGGUAUCCUUCCUUCUUGUCUCAGGGAUCAACAUAAGCCCCUUGACGACAAGUUCAUGCAGCGUUUUUGCCAGGAUAUCGUUUUUUGUCAAUCCAGUACUCUACACCAUCUUUCACCGCAGGUUUCGUAGACGUUUGGUUAGAUCAGUUCCUAUAACCAGACAAAAUAGAGUGGUGGGACCCACCGGGUUACCUUCGACUUCAAGAUCAUUAGCUCUUUGA